UAGGGUUGAAGGUCCGCGGCAUGACGAUUUCGCGCGAAAUGCUGAUUAAGAAAAAAUACUAAGAAAAGAAAACAAUGAAGAAAUAAUUUAAAUGUAAUUACCAUGAGCCAAAUUACAAAGUGUUCGCAGUGAUUUAAUUUGUGAUAGUUGAAGUUAUACACAAUUAAAAUGAGUGAGGAUAUCAACAUAUCCACUCUUUUACAAACUUUGGACUCGAAAGUAACCUCACAGGAAGAAAAGGAUGCCGCUUAUUUACAGCUAGCCAAUCAGUUGAAAGAAGACAGUUUGAGCUUAGUCAGUCUGGAUGUUGGUAAAAACUCUCAGAAGUUCUGUGAUUUCAUCAAGAUAGACCUGGAGAAGAACCGGGCUGAUUCCAAUGGACUUCAGAUCCUUGGCUUUUGUCUGCAUGACACAGAUGCUGUGGGCAACCUGUCUAAGGAGUUUUGUUCCCAGAUUUUAUCCUCUCUCUGCCAAUGCAUUGAAAAAUCAGAGGACAAAAAUGUUUGUGCGAAAUCACUAUGGUGUCUUCACCAACAAAACAUUGGGAAAGAUGUAGUUGGUCAAAAGGUGGAAAUUAUGCUGUCUGCUGUGGAACAUGCACUGCUCAAGUGGAAGAUGCAGUCCUCUGUAGUGGAGCAUGAGGCUUCCCAGGUCAUUUACAGGUUAUUAAAAGACUACAGGAAGGAGAUGGACAGCCUCACUCUGAGAUGGGGGAAGCUGUUACUUCCCUUGAUGGCUCACAGGGCCACCAAGAUCCAUGAAAAAGCUCUGGAGGUGGUCAAGUCAGAGUUACCUUCCCUGCUUCAGCACCAGAGGGAGCUUGUACAGGCUCUUAUUCCAGAGUUCAAACUUAGGAUAAGUUCCGAAAUGAAAUGGUUUUUCACCAGCCAAAGGGAAAUGCAUGCUCUGGAAUGCUGGGAAAUCUAUGUUCAGAUAUGUGGGAAGGAACUGCAUCAUGGGAGUUUUAUCAACAUGCUGCUACCAAUCAUGGAGUUGGCUUUUAAGGGUUCAAAUGAGGUCAAAAUCCAUGCUUUCCAAGCAUGGCAAGUUUUGAUUGACAACUUUGCCACAAACUAUGAAAUUCUGACCUGUCCCAAGAGAUGUAAACUGAUUAUGCAGGUUUUGAAAAUAACCAAUGCCAAGACAGAAGCAGUUGCCAUGGCCAAAUUGCAGGUGUGGUGGCAUUUUGUCUGGCUGCUAGGACCAAAGGCCUCUGCUAAUUUUGAGCAGGUGUGCUUGCCAUUGCUGCAAUUCUGUGUGGGAGGAUUGAAGAAUUGUAAUGGAUUUGGUACUCCAAGAACUCAUACUAAUGGCCCUAGUCCCAAAACCCCCAGGAUGAACCUGAGUGGGAGUGGAGUGGGGUCAUCGUAUCCCAGAAUUCCAAGCCUGCAGCUUAAGGGAUGUGAGGUGCUGGCUCAUUUUCUUGGCAGUGUGCCAGAGGACUUGGAUGUCCCCAGGUUCUCCUUCUCUCUGGAUCGGCUGACCCAUGACCUGAUUUCAGGACCAGGGUUCUUUGUCAAACAGGCCCCCGUCUUUAUCCAGUGUACGGCUGAUCUCAUCUGUGAACUUGGCUCUCAGAUUCCAGACGAACUCCUACUGCACAUCUGGUAUUCUUUGAUUGCUCACAUGAGGAAUGGCCUUGACAGUGGGUCAAGGUCGGAGAUGAAGGACGCCUUCACCCUGUUCCUGACCCAGUUCCAAGUGAUAGUGCUGAGCCAGGCUCUCCCGGUCAAGAUCAUUCUGAAACUGUUUAAUGCUGUUGGCUGCCUCCCAAGUAAGGCGCUGAUAUCUACAGCCUAUAAUGUGAACUGUGGAGAAAAACUACAUGGGACCCCAGCUCUCUUCCUAGUCCAGUUAUUACUAACUCCAAACCUGAUCAAAGACUGUGCUUCCAUGGAAAGCUACAGUGCCCUGUAUGGUAAGCUAGUCAACAUAGGUAUCGGUGGGCCUGGGUCACUCGAGUUUGCCCAGGCGGUGCUACAUCUACUGGACGUCAGUGAGGUGUUCGUGGACAGCCCAGACUGGCUCUGGAGACUGUGGAGUACUGUUGUCAACCCACUACAUGAGUUUAUUCUUAAGACAAAUGAAGUGAAUCAGGGCGAUGCAUUGGAGCACGACUUCAGCUGUCUGUAUGCUGCUCUUUUAUUUCCAAUCAAACACCAACUACCAGAGAAAUUAGCUCAGAUGUCAGUGAAGACCUUGCAGAAGACAUGGUCAGAGAUUUACCAGACAUUUGCCCGAUUGUCUGCCCUUGUCACUAAUGCCCAGGCCAACAUUUGCUGUGAGGAUCUGUGUCAUCAGAUCCACAAGCAUCUAAAGGAGCUAGAUUUACCUAGCUUUUCCAUGAUCGAUUUCCUAAUCCAGGCAUCACAAGCGGUGAUCAGUUCCUUUGAUUUUUCAUCGCUUUGUUCAGUCGGUGUCUUUGGCAUCAACAGUAUUAGUGUAAGUCCAGCAAAAUGGACCAAAAAGAAGCACAAACCGAUGGAGAACCUGCAGUCCUAUGUAGUACUGCUGAGACAACUGAUGGAAGCCCUAAACACUUACAUCAAACAGGCAGAUAAGGAAGCUUCAAACUCUGUUUCUCCUCAGGGACCAGCUAAUGGAAUAAUAGAGUGUCUGAGUACUCUCUUCACACACAUUUCAUCGUCUGGUGUGUUGAGUGCUGUGAUUGGUCACUUGUCCCAGCCAAUCGGGGACCUGUAUCAGGAAUCUAUCAAAAAGACCUGUGCCAAACUUUUCAACAAUAACUUUAUGCAAAAGUUGGAGAAGCUUUGGAAUGAAAUCUGUUCAGCUCUCCAGACAAGAUACUCGGGGACAUACGACUCCGACUUCUUGUCCAAGUUGUCUCCCCUGUUAGAGGCAACGUUCCUGCAUCCACGGCGAGCCAUCAAGAACCAGACGGCCUUACUGUGGAGUGCCACAUUCAGCAAAACGUCCCACCUCAUCUACCCAGAGACGCUCAGACCAGUGUUGAGCAAGGUGAGGGAGAAGUCAUCAGUCCUCCUGCCAGGCUGGGUGUCUGUACCUGUCACUGUGGUGGAGGAGACCCCGGUCAGUCAGAUGAGUCAGGCUGAUUCUCAGGCCCCUGAGCCCCACCUUCCUGGAAUGCCUUCUCCAAGAAAAAUCCAUGGCAGCUUUCUCAAUAAGGCAGUCUCUCCCAACGUCAAAAAAUCCCCAUCGCGCCCCACCGAAAAAGUCACUCGAUCUCCUGGGGCCACCAGAAAAAACUUGACUAUCAACGAAUUACAGAAAGAGGAUUUUGUAGUGAUCAAAUCACCACCAAAAAAGAAAAGAAUUUUAACAGAGCACCAGAAAGAGGUUCUCAAAGAGAAAAGAGUGAUCCCCACCAUGUACAACACACUGGACAACUCUCAGGACGUCUCCAUCAUGUUUAGCUCUGAUUCCCACUUUGGUUCUGAUACACAGUCACAACCACCUACUCCUGCUGCUGACUCUCUCAUCAUCAUCAAUUCUAGUUUCUCUCAGAAUUUGUCACAGAAAAAAGAUAAACCUGCCACAGUCAGAGCAAGUAGAAGAUCGUCAUCAGAGGCAAGUGACAGGGAAGACUCCCAGAAUGCAAAGCGAGAACCAGGAACAGGAAGGAGGCGGAGGUCAGUCAGGUUCAAGGACACACAGGAGGAGGAGCCACAGAAGUCAGAUGAGGCCAAUCAGGGGGAAAACAAGUUGAUAAAGGCCCAGGAAGAGGAGAGUAGAUUGACAGGGGCUCAAGAAGGGGAAAAUAAGUUGACACCUUGGGACAAGUCUGAGGGGGCUGGAGAUGAGAUAUCAGGGCAUGAUGAAUUUGAAGCAGUCUGGGACCAAGCCUUGUCCAAGAUGGUGGAUGAAGUGGAGAAGAACAGUAUUGAGCAUUUUGUUGUUAUAAAGGACACCAUCAGCAGUUCACAGGAGCAGAGACAGUCCUCAGGUGAAAGUAUGCCCAACUCUACCGAGUCGGAAAGGUCCACCCCUAGUAGUGGCUCCAAGUCUUCUGGUUCAAUAGACAGUACUCCCUCUGAAGAAGCAGAAGUGGACUCUCUGAAGAAUCCCAGCAGUGAGGAGAAAGAAACGGAAACCUCGAAAAAGUCAUCUAGUUCAUCUGGUGAGGUGUUUGUAGCUCCAGCAAAUGUGAUGGAGGCAGUGGAUAUGGAUUUUCUGACGUACAAGUCGACAUCUUCUUCCAAUAAGUCGGCAGGCGAUGAUGGAAGCAAGAAUGAGGAGAAGGGUGACUCGCAGUCAUUGUUGACAUGGACGAGUCAGUUGAAAAGUACGAAGCAGCUUUCUCCAGGAAAGGUGAAAUCACCACUGAAAAAAAUAAGUAUUGAGAGCUCUCCAGCUAGAUCAUCUAGACGUUUUGCCUCUCCUGCUAAAAGGGGUAGGAGUAAAGCGUUGGAGAAUUCCAGUAAGGGGUCUCAGAAACUUGAUGAAUGGUUGAUAAAAUCUCCAGAAAAAUUGUCUCAGGAGAGUGGAAUAUCCUCACAGGGUUCAAUGAAAUCAUCUGGAUCGUCAUCCAAUGCAAGCCAACCUGCUGAAGUGACGGUAGUAGAAGAAACACAGUCUCCUAAAUCUCUGAAGUCUAGAGUAUCUCCUAAUUCUGAACCUAUUCAAGAAACCCCUCCUCCACCCACCAGUAAAGAUCCUGUAAAGUUCGGCAAUACAAGAGGCAGCACUAGAAAGCUUUUCACCAAAGGAACAGAGGUGGACUCUAAUUUAGAUAUUUCUGAAGAUUCCAACAUUAUCCCAGCUUCACCAGAAUCCAAAACUGGUUCCUUGCCUCUCCGAGUGGGUACACCAGUAUUGAAGCUGAAGAGGCUUACAGAAGAUGAAAUCAAGCACUUCAGUCCUAGAAAAGGAGAUGUUGGGUUUGGUACUCAAAAAGGAGACAGAGUGUCUCAGGGAAGUAGUUCGCUUGAAAAGAGUUCACAGGAUGUAAAUCACGAGCAUGAUGACUUUUCAGAUGUGUUGCCUUUAGAAGAGGUACCAUUGUCUUCAUCACAGGGAUUUGAAACCCAGGGGAAUGCAAAAAGCAUUGACGGUCAAGCUGAAGUUAAAAUGACAAGUACUGAAAACUUGUUCACGCAGAAAGAAGAUACACAAGAGAGCUCCUGCUAUAAUCCUCAAUCACAGUCCACCUGUAAAUCAAACUGUGAAGGAAAGGAUGUCCUGGGAACAGAGAAUUUAAAACUUAGUCAGCAGUCAAACCAAGCAGAAACAUCAGUUGAAGGACAGUCACAAGAGGCUGAAGCAAUGGAAUCUGGGCAAGUGUAUGAUCCCAAGCUUGAAUCAACACUGGCUCAAGAUACACCCAGGAGAGGAAGAAAGAGAAAGCAAGACACUCCCAAGAAACUGUCACCUGAGAGCAGUCGACCAAAGCGAACCAGACAGAGCAAAGGAGAGGAUGUUAAAACUCCCAAAGGGAAAAGUGAGACAGGCAGCAAGAGAGGAAGGCCAAAAGAAGGGAAAGUUGAAGAAAAGAAAGGGAAAAAUAACACAAGUGCUGUUGCUAAAUCAAAUGGGAAACAAAUGACUUCAUCUCAACAGAAUACUGAGGAAGACUCAUUGGUGAAGGAGGCAUCACAGUUGUCUAGUCAAGAGCUGGGAAAUGAAAACAUGAUAGCUAAUGAUGAAAGAGUAGUGGACAAUAAAGAAGACACUGAAAGAGAAAAUUCAGCUGUUGGGUAUGAGAGGCAGUUUGAUUCUGAGGGAUUCUUUUUGGAGGAUACCCAGAGAAAAGAUGUGGAAAAGCAAGCUCCAAAAAAGGAAGAAGAGAAAAGGACUGAAAUUUCAGAGGUAAUAACUGCUGAAGAAAAGGGGGAGAAGACACCAACAAGUAGGAACUCUGCGGAAAUCCCUGUAAGAAAAAGUACGACUAAAAAGAAGAUUGAAGUUGCAAAAAAGAGAUCGCAGAAGAAAGGAAAGAGUAAAACUGAAGAUAAAUCAAUCUCAGAUAGUUCUGAAGAUGAUGUGCCUCUGUCACAGACUGCAAAGAAAGCUGUUAAGUCUAAAGGUAACCUGGAGAACAAGAUGAAUGAAGUGACAGAGAAAAAAGAGAGUGAGGAGAAAUUGGAUGAAAAAUCUGAAGAAAGUUCUGAUGAUAAUGUUCCUCUGAAUGAGAUCUGUAGUAGUAAUGCUGAAGAGAUGGAGGUGGAUGCAUCAGAAGAUGUGUUGACAGACAGCAAGAAAGACAUCUCAGGUGGAAAUGUGGAAAAAGAGGAGAAAGAUAUUGAAAGUGAUCAAAAAGGAAAGGAAAGCAUCUCAGAAGGAAAAGAUGAAAGCAAGUCCAAAAGGAUAGGAAAAAAAAAGUUUGCUCCAGCAAAAACUUCACCCCUCUCCAAUAGAUUGAGAUCUUCUCAUGGAACACUGAGGAGUGGUAAGCCAACUAGGAGGUCCCUCUCACCUAGACAGAGCCCAAAGUCACUGUCUAUGAAGAAGACUGUCAAACGGAAGAGUCUGGACCCAAGUUUGCUCACCACUGUUAUUGAGGAUUCUGAAGAACCUGUAGGGAAGUCAGUGAAAGAGGUGGACAGAAAUGAAAAUUCUCUGCUGCUGGGAGAUGAAGAGUCAUUGAAGGAAAAAGGAAACACGGGAGGUGAACAGAAAGAAACAUCUCAAGAGAAACUAAAUGAGACAUCCCAAGACAAACAGAACGAGGCUUCCAAAGACAAUGUGGAUAUUCAGAGCGAGUCCAAAAAAGUCACAUUUGAUGAAACUCCCACCAAGGUGCCUGAAAAUGGAACAGAGGAUGGUGGGUUUGCCAUGUUUGAGAGAAAUACCGACAGCAAACUGGUAGUGGUGCCCAGAAAGUUUGAGAAGAGAGCUGUGGCCAGAAGGAGCAUCCUCAAGCCCCCAAGUCCUGGCUCCCACUUAUCAAAAGGUUCACCUCUGAGAAAGGCAGCUCCUUUCCAUCCCAUCAAGCUGGGACAGAUUUUCGCCCCCUCUGCUUCACCUAGUGCUAGCAUUCUGAAGCGAAGACGACUGAGUGGAGAUUUCCCAGCUAAUUCACCUUCCCCUCCUUGCAAGAAGAAACAGAGACGAGUGUCCUUCGCUGACCCCGUGACCUGUACUGGUACCCCUCUGUCUGAGGCGGCUGCUUCUCCCACCCCCAGCACAGUGUCCAUUUGCUCCAACCCAGACCUCAGCAGUAAGAGCUGUCUGUUUUCCAACACAUCUUCAGCAGCACAGGCCAAUGAAGAAGGAAGCCAGACCCAGGAAUCACAGGUGCCCUCCACCCUGGGUAGUUACGCCAGCGUGACUGAGUCUCAGCUCACCAUGGAGCCUGUCUACCCCGAGCUGGUGGACUGCUCACAGACCGUGGACAGGGUGCUGCCCCAGCUGACCACCUCUAUGUGGUCGCGUGGUCUAGGACAACUUGUGAAGGCUCGUAAUAUCCACACGAUAGGUGACUUAUCUCGUCUCUCAGAAAAGGAAAUAGACAACUUGCCAAUCAAAUCCCCAAAAGUUCCAACAGUCAGAAAAGUGCUCAGGACAUUUGUAUCUCAUCAGGAAAGUCGAAAACCUACAAUUAAACCCACAAAGGCUGAUGACUCGAAUGAGAAAACUGGUGAUAGAUCUUCUGCGAUUGUAGCGGAAAAUAAUCCUGGAAGAGGAGAUGAAAUGGAGGUGCUGCCCUCUAUGGAAGAAGAUCUAGGCAGAUUAUCUCCCAUUAAGAAAAGUGCAAAUGAAGACCUGAACAGGAGUAUAGCGGAUGAGAUGGGUAGCACUGAAGAUCUGUUGGAAAAAGAGAACCAAUGGGGAACAGAGGAAGGGGAGAGUUCCAUAGGAUUUAUUCCAAGCUCAUCCAUCACUUCGGAACCAGUAGAGGAGCAGGCAUUAUCCGAGACCAAGGGAUCCGUCACGGAAGAUCUGGACAAGAUGUCCGGAUUGUUAUCCAUGGAGUCUCUGUCCUCACUAAGAACCAACGAACUGUUUGAGGCGCAUCAGAAACUGCUUAGCAUGGCCAACACUGUUGCCACUGCCAUGAAAAGACGGUGCUGUUCUCCCGAUAAAAGUUGACAUGUCUUUUACUAUUGACAGUAAUGUUAAAUUCCAUUGUGUAAUAUAUACAGUCAUGUAUGUACCGUAUGUGUUCUGGAUUUAUAAUUUUUUUAUGCAGACUUAUAAAUAUUUACAUGUAAAUGUAUUAUUAUAUUCUAUUGCUUGUAAACUGUAGUAACGGUAGUUAACGCUUUUGUGACUAUUCAGAAAGUUUCUUUCAAACUAGAAAGAAUGGAGCAUUUCUUCUUAGGGGCACAUGUGCUGAUGUCAAAGUGAAUAAAUUCCAUUCCACAUGGAGAUGUGUUCACUCCAUUGUCUUUGGACUCCAUGUAUAGUUUUUGACAUCUAUUAGCGUAUUUAAAACACAGAGAAGCUAAAACCAUGUUUUAUAUUUGAAUGUAAUAAUGUUGUAAAUCAAUGGAGCAUUGAAUUAAAAUUGAUUCUCUAAUUCUUUAUUUGAAAUCAAUAUUCAAAUGCAUGAAUAUAUUUAUUUCAAUAUAAGAUUAAAUUGCAAUUUUAUUUGCAACUGGACAUAAAUAUAAGAUACAUGUAAUUUAUUUUUUGGAAGUUAAAGAACUUUGCAUGUGUAUAUCCACUGGUUUUGGGAUUGUAUGUAGAAAAUCAAGUAAUCACCCCUUGCAGUGAAUGGCAGCAAAAUGGUUUUAUAUUGC